AGUUGGCGUGACGUCACGUUCAAAAUGGCCGCCACGAGUUAGAAAAGGCGGAAGUGACUUUGUUUGGGUGUAAUUUGUGAGCUAAACACCGCGUGACAACCAUUCAAAAUAACUGUUACAUCAUUUUUCAGUGCCAAUAAGUACCUUGCAACAUGAAUUUAAGAUAAAAGUCUCGUAAGAGGAGGUUAAAAGUGCGAACAUUGAGGCAAAACUGACGACUUGGAUAUCUGUGACAGCUUGGACGUAGCUCUGACUUUUGUGAAAACGUCUUUCUUGUGAAAUGUUUGAAAGGAUGGCGUUUAGAAGUGACGUAGAAGACACAGUUCUGACCAGGUCGUGUAGUUAUGACUCCUCUUACGAAAUGGUGGAAACCCCGCCGGGACUGACAAGUCUUGGAGCCAUGAAGGAGGAAUUACCUCAAGAGGAAGAGAGCCCACCCCAGAGUGUGUGUUGCCAGCCACCAUUGGACAAGCCUACGUUUCAGUCCAUGUUGGACCCUGAUGGUCGACUUGUGAAUGAACAUGCCCUCAGGAAAGCUGUCUUCAGAGGAGGAGUUGACCCCACAGUUAGGAAGGACACCUGGCAGUUCAUGUUUGGACUGUACCCGUUCCUCUCCACGGCACGAGAACGGGAGGUCAUGUCUGCAGAACACCACUUCAAGUACCAUCAACUCAAGGCCAGGUGGAAAACACUCCUCACUAUGAGCAGCCUGGGAAAGACAGAGCAGGAGCAGGGCGUGUCAGCUGAGUACCUGGAUGAUGACCUUGACCUCAAAGUGGAGUCUUUUACAGAUGAUGCAGACAUGAAGGUACCAGCCAUGGACACUACAAACAUCAGUACUGAGACCCAGCAACAGCUACAGUUCCUGGAAAUACAAGCACAGGUUUUUGCAGGCAGACAACCCAUUAACAUGAAGGAUAUUCGAAAAGCUGUGAGAAUAAUAGACAAGGAUGUGCCCAGAACGGACAGAGGCCAUGAAUAUUUCAAGGGCAGUGGCAACCCUCACCUGUCCAUACUCAGGAAUAUCCUCAUCACCUUUGCUGCCUUUCAUCCAAAGGUGGGUUACGCCCAGGGAAUGAACGACAUCCUGAGCCGGUUCCUGGUUGUUCUGGACUCGGAGGUGGCAGCGUUCUGGUGCUUCUCCAGUUACAUGGAGACCAUACAGACCGACUUCAUGGAGGAGGGCAUGCUCAGGAAGCUCAAUUUGGUGAGGCAACUGCUAAAGGAACUGGACACUGUACUGUUCAACCACUUGGAAAACUGUGACGUGGGAGACAUGACAUUCUGUCACAGGUGGCUUUUGUUAGGAUUUAAGAGGGAGUUUCCGUUUGAGGAGGCUCUGCGUCUGUUCGAGAUCAUCAGCAGUCACCACAUGGAGCUGUCCUCUCUAGAUGUGGAGAGAGUUCGAGACCAGGAGAGGGCACGCGACUUCCUUCGUGAAGGUGGACAGAACCGCGUUGUUGGUGCUCCGUUGAACACAGAAUACACGUUUGAGCUGUUUGUGUGUGUGGCCAUGCUGCAGAACAUCAGACAACAGCUGCUCAACUGUAGAGAUGGCACCGAGAUCUUCCAAACUGUCAGUGGGUUGUCAGGGAAGAUGGACUUGGCCCACAUCCUGAGGAAGGCAGAAACCAUCUUCAUGUCUUACUGCAGGAAGUCAGUCAUCGACUGCUUCCAGAUUGUAGAGUAGUACUUCCGGGUCAAAGGCCAGCAUGGCGGUAAGAAAAAACUGCUCUAGGGUGAACAGGGAGGGAUGUUGUAUUUUUUUUUCGUCCUCGUGAUAUUUGUUUCUUCUGUGGGCUUUCCUUGGAAUUUUUCCUCAACACACUACAUAUAUGACCAGUUUUCUAGUUAGUUUUUCCAAUAUUUGAUGGAAUUAUGCAGCCGUGUGACAAAUAUGUCAUGUCUUUGAGUUUGACAGACUAAAUUGGCACGUUAAGACAUAGAAAGCCAUGUCAUUAAACUCAAGAUUAGUCAAAGUUUGCCCUGCAAAAUGCAGAAAAUAGCAUUUCAGAGGGUCAAGAUUUGACCCCCUAAUUAUAAGACUUCAGCGCUCAAAAAAAUUGAGAUGACCAGAAAACAUUUUUGAGUCCUGUAGUACGCAUAAAUCUUUAAGUUGGUCUCUGGGAAAUUUUGGUGCAUAAGGUAAAGAAUUGGAUUAUCUA